AUGCUGUUACCUUCAGCCUUUGGCGGCGACUUGUCGCAACUUCCACAGACACGACCUCAGCAGGCUCUCUUCGUCUCACCUCCUGCCAGUCCUAAGCAGGCGCCUGCUUCCGCCGAGUUCAACAACCUCUUCACCACAUCUCGGUCUCUGCAGUUUCUCAUGACCUCCUCCGAUCCAUUUCUCGAGCACAGCGCCAUGAGUGCACCGAUCGCAACGCAACCACUUACUCCCCAAACGACAUUCCAUGGUCAACUACCCACCCCGCCCAUGUCCCACGCGAUGCCUCCAGUCAAGCUACGUUUGCGCGCAAGAAAAACCUCCGAGUCAUACGGAUCUAGGAAUGCCAAUCAGCCUUCCCAGCGCAAGCGAAUCAUUAAGCGGCCACCUCCGUUAAAGGAGCUCAACAGGCGCCACCGCCCAUUUGACGAAAGGCGCGAGCGGGGAGGAAACAGCGAAGAAGACUCCGAUCUAUACCAAGAUAGUGACGUGGACCAGCGCGGAAACCAGUCGCAACAAGGUCAGCAGCAACUGCAGCUGCAGCAACCACAACAACAAAGAGCAACGACACCUCUUGCACAAACCCACUUCCUCCCACCAUUUGGCAACCGACCACAAACUCCCCCACGAUCGCGCAUAGCUCCCGAAGUCAUCCCCCUAGGGCUCGACCGCUCAGAUUAUCACGCGCUGCGCGCCAACAACGCGAAGAAUGAGCGCCAACAACCAGCUACCGCGCCAGGGACCGACGUAGUGGUAGAAGCCGACGGGGAGCCGUGGAGUUCCGAGGAAGAUUGCAUUCUAGUUGAGCUAGUGCUGGACAAGCUCAAGCUUACAAAAACCGAUUGGCAAGAUUGCGUGCGCAGCAUGGGCAAAGAUCGCAAAAGCGUCGGCACACGAUGGAAAAGCUUGAUGGUUAAUGGAGAUGUGGGUCUCAAAUCCAAGAGCAAUCGACAGGGCGGGAUUCACGGGACUUGGCGUGGUUGA